UCUCAGCGCAACUUAACCCUCUCUCUACACGACGAGACCAGCAAAGCCUGGCUGGAAUCAGACAAACACCGAAACACACCCGAGUCUUACAGGCAGUGCGUUUAUCUGGGUUUGGAUGAGUCGCGGUAUCAUUUGGUAAUCUCGAGUCCAGCGCGCGGAGCAGGAAUGUCCCGGAGGAAACAGAGCAACCCGAAGCAAUUCAAACGAGUGUUUGAAAAUGGGCUUGAGACUGACUCUGAGGAGACGGAGAAGAAAGAGAUCUUGAAAGAAGAAGACGGGUCUGUGGAGGACGACCUGCUUUACUACUCUGACCCAGAGAACGUCGUCUCUAAAGAUGGAGAUCACUCGAGGAACGGUGAAAUGGCCGGAAGUUUAAAGGUGGAACAACAAGACAGUGACGGACAAGAAGAGAGAGUCCAACCAAGCCCACUGACAGCAGAGGAAUGGGACGGCCCAUGGGAGCUGAAAAUGAUUGGUGAAGGAGGAGAGAGAAGGAUUUGUUCUUGUCAGGCACUUCUGCUGGGCAUCACAUGGGGACCUUUCCCUGGGAAGAUUGAGGCGGCCACAGGAGGAAGUGACAAGGUUUCGUUGGCACUGAAUGGAGGUCCUCGCUGGCUGAUGGACAUGAUGUGGGUCAGUGCAGAGGAUGGGAAGAGCAACUGCGCCGUGUACAGUAAAGGAGGACAUGUGUGGUGUUCCACAACUAAAAACAUCAUAGAAGGAGACGAACUUGCAGCCUGUUUGGUGGAUCUGCACUUGCAUCUUCAAACUCCCUACGGUCAAGGGAUGUACCCGGCCAGACAUCUGGAUGGCAUUCAACUCCUUCCUCAGCAAGAAGCCAUGGCGUCCAUUCUGCCCGGCGCUAUCAUCAACAAAGACAUCUUCCCCUGCAAGGCAUGUGGCAUCUGGUUUCGGAGUGAAAGAAACCUCCAGGCCCACCUUAUGUAUUACUGCAGUGGGCGACAAAGGGACCCUGAGAUGGUGGCAGAGAAAAAUGCCAAUAUCAGCCAUCAAAUGCUCCGCAAUUGCACAUACCCCCAAUGCAAUAUGAGCUUUGCAGGCUCACAUGCCUUGGAAAUGCACUUAUCCACACAUAACAUUCUUAAGUCAGAUGAGAUAUCCACUGGAAGAAACUUAAAAUGCACAAUUUGUGACUACACUGCUGAAACUCUUAUGGUACUCCAGCACCACAUCCUCUCCCAUCUGUCCCAAACUGGCCUGAGAUGUAGUCACUGCCACUUCACAUUCCAAACCCCCAGAGAACUGGUCAAACACCAGGAGCUGCAUGGACAUACGGUCAACAAACUCAUCGAAGGAGACAAAGCUGAUAACUCCCCUAACAGCAUUGCAUGCAGUCCUCAACGAGUUAGAGCUAAUGCAAACAUGAAAGACCUUCAGGAAAGCACAAUACAACGUGAUAUAAGUCAAAUGCCAGAGAUGGAAAGCACGGAAAGUAGCCAGACAUCCACUAAGGGUGAGGGAAACUCAGGAAACAAGGCAAGUGUUUCAUACUCCAGAGUAAAGUCAGAACCUUCUAGUCCUCAUUUAGCCUCCUCACCCAUUCAACACCACCUGCCUCCUGCCUUUCCCUUACCCCCCUUCAUACCACAUGUCCCGUUCCCACAGGAUAUUACGGUGGGCCCGCAGGCAUCUGACAUCCUGGCCAAAAUGUCCGAGUUGGUCCAUCGCAGGUUACGUCAUGGGGGAAACUCUUACCCUCCAGUCAUGUACAGCACGCUUGUGCCAAAAGGAGCAACAUGCUUUGAAUGCAAUAUCACCUUCAAUAACCUUGAUAAUUAUUUGGUACACAAGAAGCACUACUGCAACAGUCGCUGGGAAAGCACACACAGGCCACUCGACUUCCCUGGACUUCUGGAUAAACCAGCAGGCAGUGUAAGCCCUAAAAUCGGAGCUAGUUUAGCUGUUAUGCUAAAUUCCGGCCAUCCCUCUGAAGUGAAAGGGCAUGAGCCUAACCCUUGCAAUCCAAUCACAGAUGGAAAAGUGACAGAUGAACUGUCGGUGCAAGUUAAAAAAGCGUCAACUCCAUCUGGUGCACAGGAGAGACCAAACGGUACACAGCUGGAUUUACAAAACCAGAAAAUGCCACCCACUGAAACUGACCCCAACCACACAACAUGCGAGGCAUGCAAGAUCACCUUUAGUCGACAUGAGACCUUCAUGGUGCACAAGCAGUAUUACUGUGCCACUCGCCAUGAUCCUCAAUUGAAACGUGCAAACAAUAAAGGAGCAGCCAAUCAGAAGGCAGUACGUCCUCGUAAAAGAAGAAAGGCAUAUGAGCUGGCCACUCCUGAACAAGAACAAAUGCCACCUAUGGGUAUGCCAACAUUUCUUGGUAUGCCCACUAUAGGAGGUCCAUACAUGUCAAAAGACACACUGGAUAGCUUCAGGGACCAUCAGAGGUACAACAUGAUCCAGGGGUUAGUACCCAAAUAUCCAGAGGCUUCAUUGACAGUCACAAAAUCAGCUCUUGUGUCAAAAUGUAAUACAAUCUCCAAGGAAGAAGGUGAUGCACCUAUAGAUCUCAGUAAAAAAUGCAUCGCACAGUUUGGCAACACUCCGGUUUCUUCUAAAGGACUUAUGGAUUAUCAUGAGUGUGUUGUGUGCAAGAUAAGCUUCAACAAAGUUGAGGACUAUCUUAAGCACAAACAGAACUUCUGCCUAGGUACUAUUUUGCAAAACACUUCCGCUGAAAUCAAAAUCAUCAAAAAGGAAGGUCCUACAAAUACUAACAGCCUUUUAGAGAACACCCUCUUUGAGCUCCCAGCUCCGCAUGGAAAGAUUGAGCAUCCAAAUGCAGUGCCAACUUCCGACAUCCAAGCUUCCAGUGAGGAACAACCAAUCCCGAUAAAAGAUGACACGAGGAGUGUGUUUCAGCCCUCUGGGGGUUACCCAAGUCCUGCUAAGAAAAUGAGACCCGAUGAGCAAAUCUGGCCUUACUAUGAAAUCAAACCCACCGAUUACGCUACAGGGAUGCUGGUCUCACAAAGCGAACGAAGGCAGAGUCCAAACGAGGGCAGUGAGGGGGAAAAUGACCAGCCGAUGCCUGAUGGUAGCCAUCUAAGCACACAUGACCCUGGGAACCAGAACAAGUCUUCAUCCUUAAAGGACAGUCUUGACCUCGAGGACAAGUUGGAAGAUGCUGGGAAUAAACAACAUGGUUCCGCUACACCAGAGAGCCAUGCAGACAGUCCUGUCAACUGUAAGGAAAGCACAAUGUCGGUGCCAUCCUUAAAGACUGAAGAAGUCUCAACAAGAUUCAAGAGAGUGUUGAAUGGGUCCAUUGCAACCACAAGUAAUGUAAAGUACUGCCGUCCUUGUGACAUCCAGUUCAACAACCUCUCAAACUUUAUAACACACAAGAAGUUUUACUGCUCGUCACACACAGCAGAGCAUGUGAAAUAGUGUGCCUGCACCCUGUCUUAAACCUAGUCCACAGCAGUAGAAAAGGUAGAGAUGUUAACCUCUUGAAUUCACAUGGCCCGUGACAUUAUAAAGGUGGGCCCCAGCCCCCAUACAUGUAAAGACGCCAGGACAACUUACCCAGUUGUCCCCGCUUGACGAUGGCCCUGCUGUUUUUAAUCAGACAACGGACACUUUGUUGGCUACUGUUUGUGAUGACUGAAAGUGACCACUUGCCCCCCUCUUCUUUAAAGUGGACGUAUUAAAUUUUUCACAAGCACCGGUUUCUCCCCUUGUGGUCAACUACAUAAGACAUUUUUACAAUUCUAUGCUGGUGGACUCAGCAGCAGGAGGACAAUCAAAUCAGGAGAUUUAUCCUACAGUCAUUUAUUAGAAACUUUUAACAUAUUUGUUGGGAAUACUGUGUGUUGAUUGUGUUUUUAUGUAUUUAUUUAAUAAUAGUUGCAGCUCUAAAAAAAAAAA